UUCGCAAAAAUCUAGAAGUUCGUAAUUAUCAUGAAUGAAAUAAAAGAAAAGGGAUCUACAGAAGCCUAUUUCGUAUAAUGUUAUCAUAAUCCUUACUAGUCAACCCUUAAAACUGUACUAAAAGAUGACGAAAUUACAACUAACUUUAGCUAUUAUAAAACCUCAUGCUGUGAAGAACCCUGUAGCAUUAUCGUACAUAAGAAAUGUUAUAAAAAAUACUUUUAUUGUGGUGAAAACAAAGAGUAUUUCAUUGGAUGCGGAAAACGCGGGAAAGUUCUAUAAGGAACACAUGGGAAAAUUCUUUUUCAAUAGACUUGUCACUUUUAUGGCUAGUGGAAAAAUAGACCUGCAUAUAAUUGGCCAUGCUAAUGCAAUAGAACUGUGGCGACAGAUCUUGGGGCCCACAAGGGUGUAUAAAGCCCAGUAUGAGGACCCUUUCUGUUUGAGGAGUAUGUUUGGGCUCUCCGAUACCAGAAAUGUAGCACAUGGCUCAGAUUCGGAACAAUCAGCAGUGAGGGAAAUUAAAUUCUUCUUCCCUGAUUUCUCCUUCUACGACUGGCACAACAUUCACGAGGAGGGUUAUAGAAAAGGACCUGUAGUUUUCAAUCCUAAUUUGUUCCAGCAUGUUAAAAAGUAGUUUUUGGUUGUAUAGGAAUAAUCAAAAAUAGUUAUUAUGUCAUGUUGAUUUGUUAUUACCAGAAUGUACCUGUUAUUUAUUUCCUAAUAGUUUAUUAUUUCCUAGAUAAAUGAAUGUUUUAGAAAUAA